AUGCCGAUCAUUUCCAGAAAACGGAAAUUAAUGGAAGAAAUUUGUGAAGCUGCAUUUAUUGAUAUAAUAAAUAGUCCUACACAGGCAGAUAUCAUUUUCGAUAACGCGAUAGAUGAUGUUCUGACCAUUUCUACGUACCGUCUUUCUGUUCCACGAUUAUUUGUCCCGAAGUCAGAUGAUUGGUUCCGAAGAAUCUUGCCAAACCACUCCGACGACUAUUUCAAAAAAUUUAUGCGAGUCUCUCGAAAGGAUUUCACUCUCAUUCUGCGGAUGAUAGAAAACAGCAACGUCUUUAAGUCCAACAGUCGUCAACAACUAAAAGUCGACCAGCAACUCGCCAUAACACUUCAUAAGUUAGGGCAUGACGGAACCGGAAGCGGGGUAUCUACUACGGCAGCGUUGUUUGGAGUUGGUGGGGGUGGUACCAUAUUGAAAGUGGUCACUCGAGUUCUAAAGGCAAUUUUAGAAUUAGAAAAAGAUUGGAUAAGAUGGCCAGACGAAACCGAACGAUUGGAAAUUGCAAGGAAUAUGGUUGACCACCUUCCAAAUUGUAUUGGAUAUAUUGACGGAUCUCACAUCAACCUUGAAGAAGCACCACUGGAUGACCCCGAGUCAUAUUUUACGCGAAAGCAGCGUUACGCCAUCCAACUGCAAGCCGUUUGUGACAACAAUAAGAUGAUCAGGAGCAUUUUUGUCGGAUAUCCGGGCUCGGUUCAUGAUGCUAGAGUUUUUGCUAACUCAGAAAUCGGGAAAAUCCAGAAAAAUUUUUGGACAGAGGUCAGUGGAUUGCCGGGGAUUCAGCCUACAAAAAUACGGACUACAUGA